UUGCGGUUGGGUCUCUUGUGAGGAUUAAGCACCCCUUCCAGUAGCCUGGGACGCCUUCUGUGUUACAGAAUCUGCCUUCAGGUCCAGGGAUUUCCUCUAAUAUGUUGGAUAAAGCCAAGACACUCCAGCCUGCCUAUGUCGGGAUUGUGCCGCUUGCAGAGACUGUGUCAAAGCAAGGGAAGAGCUAUUCAAGCACAUAUCAGGAUUCAUACCACAGCUUACGAGAAGUGCUGCAGUUGAAGCUCCAGCAGCGACGCACACGGGAGGAGCUGGUGAGCCAAGGGAUCAUGCCGCCUCUGAAAAGUCCAGCUGCAUUUCAUGAACAAAGAAGGAGUUUGGAGCGGGCCAGGACAGAGGACUAUCUGAAACGGAAAAUCCGGUCCCGGCCAGAGAGAUCAGAGCUGGUUAGGAUGCACAUUCUGGAAGAGACCUCAGCUGAACCCUCCUUGCAGGCUAAGCAGCUGAAGCUAAAGAGAGCCAGACUGGCAGAUGACCUCAAUGAGAAGAUAGCGCAGAGGCCAGGUCCCAUGGAGCUGGUGGAGAAGAACAUCUUGCCUGUGGAAUCGAGCCUGAAGGAAGCCAUUAUUGUUGGACAGGUGAACUACCCAAAGGUUGCAGACAAUUCCUCCUUUGAUGAGGACAGCAGUGAUGCCCUCUCCCCUGAACAGCCAGCCAGCCAUGAGUCCCAGGGGUCUGUCCCAUCGCCGAUGGACUCCCGGAUUUGUGAGCCUCUCCCUAGCGCCACUGGCACAUCACUAGCUCAGGGUACAUCCCAACUGCAGAUUAGUGCAGACUCCAGUGAAACACUUUUCCUACCUGAACAGCCACCCCCGCCUCUGCCACCUCCUCCUCUUCUGCCCCCUAGUCUUACCAAUGGAGCAGCUCUUACUGCUGCCAAGCCCCCACCAACACUCAUUAAGCAAAGCCAGCCCAAGUCUGCUAGUGAGAAGUCUCAACGCAGUAAAAAAGCCAAGGAGUUGAAGCCGAAAGUCAAGAAGCUUAAAUAUCAUCAGUAUAUUCCCCCGGACCAAAAGCAGGACAAGGGAGCUCCUCCCAUGGAUUCAUCCUAUGCCAAAAUACUGCAGCAGCAGCAGCUCUUUCUCCAGCUUCAGAUCCUCAACCAGCAGCAGCAGCACUACAACUAUCAGACCAUCCUGCCAGCCCCACCAAAGCCUCCAGGAGAGCAGCAGAGUGGUGCCAGUGCCCCUGCUGUACGCAAUCUCUCUGCCACAGUCAGCAGCACAUCUUCAGUAUCCUCUGGUUCCAGUGGGCUGAUGCGACAAAACAGUAAUGCUGCAGUGGGCAAGCCUGGCCCUCUCCCUGCCAACCUAGAUGAGAUGAAGGUAGCAGAGCUGAAGCAAGAGCUGAAGUUGAGGGCCUUGCCUGUCUCGGGCACAAAGACGGACCUGAUUGAGCGUCUCCGAGUUUACCAAGAGCAGAACGGUGCAGCUGGCCAAACAACCCCCGCUCCCAAGCCCAGCACAGCAGCCAUCCUCCCAAAAGCUGCCGAAGUGGUGGUAGCCUUCCCAGCUGCCAGGCUGAGCACAGGGCCAGCCCUGGUCACCACUGGCAUUGCACCAGCAGAAGUAGUUGUGGCCACAGUCACCGGUGGCGGCGUGAUGAAGUUCGGCAGCACAGGCUCGACUCCUCCUGUUUCUCCAACUCCUUCUGAGCGCUCACAAAUGAGCACAGGGGACGAGAACUCGGCCACCGGAGACACCUUUGGAGAGAUGGUGACUUCACCCCUGACCCAGCUCACCUUGCAGGCGUCUCCAGUGCAGUUCCUGGUGAAGGAAGAAAACUCCAAGUCUGCCUCCUGCAGCGUAAAUGCAGCACCCAGGUCAGAGCGGUGUAGCACUGGUAACAGCAGAGAUGCAGAAGUUAGGGACAAAGACCAGAUGCUGCAGGAGAAGGACAAGCAGAUCGAGGAACUCACCCGCAUGCUGAAGCAGAAGCAGCAGCUGGUUGAGAUGCUUAGGCUACAGCUAGAGCAGGAGAAGCGCUCUCAGCAGUCACUACCGGCCCCAGCGGCUGCAGGAGAAGGAACAGUCCUUGCCUCUAACCCAGUAGCAUUUGGCACUCAGGUCAAGAGUGAAAACGGUUUCCUGAGCUGCCAGUCUGCAAAGCAAUCCAGUGGCCAAACAGACCAAUUCAGCCCUGCACCAACCGCUAGCCAAAUGGACACUUCGAAUCCAAGCCCAGUGCCAAAGAAAGCCGUGACAGUGAAGCAGGAGGUGCCAGCCGCGGAAGCAGAGCCACCGUGCCAGUCCCACAGCCCGCGGCUUUUCCUUGGCCAGCAAGGGAGCGCCCUGAGCGACCUCAUCAAGGGCAGCCCUCCCCCCACCCUCAUCACCGACUCCACAGGGACCCACAUCGUCCUCACCGUGACCAAGCAGAGCGCCGAGAGGCAGGGCCUCUCGCCCCACGGGAAGGCAGGGAGUAGCUGCCCGGCCUUGCAGAGAGUACAAUCAUCGCCCGCUAAAACUUCCAGCCAACCACCGUGUCAGCUACCUGCAAGCACCCCUCAGCAGCCCACGCAACAGCAGAAGCAGCAGCCCACGCAGAAGCAGCAGCAGCAGCCCCUGCAGCAGCAGCAGCCCAGAGGACUAAACCAAUCUGUCAGAAAGGGUCAGAAGCCAGGUCUGCAGGUGGUCACGGGGCAGCUGCCCCACACCAUAUUGUCUUUCUCAGCACCUCCAAACCUGCAGCCCUUCUUCCCCAACGGUUUCCACAACAGGUCCCUGAAUAUUGGUGCUCCUGGCAAAGUUGGCUCACCCAGUUUGUCAAAAAAGCCCUCAUCGCAGCCCGGCUCUCCUGCUGCCCCUUCCCCAUCCCAGAUGGACCUGGAGCAGCAACAGCACACGUCGCUUUUUGGAACUCCUCCACCUCCUCUCCCUGUUCCCUCGGUCCCAAUGAAAGAGCCACCAGGCUAUGAAGAGGCCAUGAAGCAACAGCCAAAGGCCCAGGAGAACGGCUGUUCCAGCCAGCAGAUGGACGACCUGUUUGACAUUCUCAUCGAAAGUGGAGAGAUUUCUGCUGACUUCAAGGAUCAGUCGUCCCCAGCUGGGAAAGAACCGCCUGUGGCCCCAGCCUGCUCCCCACCGCCCAGCAGCCACCAUUCCUCAGAGCUGGCGGUGCCGGUGUCCUUGGGGCAGCCGGUGCCCGUGGGCCGGCUGGAGGACUUCCUGGAGAGCAGCACCGGCCUCCCGCUGCUGACGGCAGGCCACGACGGGCCGGAGCCCCUGUCCCUGAUUGAUGACCUCCACAGUGAGAUGCUGAGCAGCUCGGCCAUCCUGGACCACCCGCCUUCACCUAUGGACACCUCGGAAUUGCACUUUGCUCAUGAGCCAUCCGGGGGCAUAGCCCUGGAUUUGGCUGAGGCUAACUUGGACAGCAUGGACUGGCUGGAGCUGCCGGGGGGGCCCGUCAUGAGCCUGGCUCCCCUGAGCACCGCGGCUCCCAGCCUCUUUUCCACAGACUUCCUUGAUGGACAUGAUCUGCAGCUGCACUGGGAUUCUUGCUUGUAACUCUGUGAGCAGAGACUGAAGGGAAUGGGAGCGGGAGGGCACAGGCAUGCAGGGGGGGGAGAGGCCAGUCAACCAAAAAAAAAAAAAAAAAAAAAAGGAAAAAAAAAAAAAAAAAAAGAGAUGAGCUCCUAGUAUUUGUACUCCUCCCCCAACAGUGUCCUUCCUGCACGAAGCCGGCAGUGGUAGCAAAGGCAGACCCGCAGCUCGAGUCGCUGCUGCCUGGGCCGGGCCAGGGCAGGGAGAAUGGCUGCUGGGGGAAGAAGCGGCUGCAGGAGCUCCGGGGCUGAUGGUCUCCUGCCCCCUCAGUGCAGCCUGACCCAGCUCGGGUGCGAGUGGGGCCGGAUGCCCCUCUUCCUCCAGGCGGGAACAGCGAUGGCAGCGCAUGGGAGGCAGGCACGAGUUCCCUCACGCCUCGCAGAGGGGCACAGCGCGACUGGGCCUGAGCCGUUUCCAGAAGCAGCACCCCGCGCCUUGCUGGGAUUGGCAAAUCGAGGAGGUUUAACGGUUGCAGAAGGGGAUUCUACCUCUGGAGCAGGACACAGAAGGCGGGAGUGCUGGCUGGGGGCACGGCUGCCCUCUGCACCCCCUCCCGUCUGUCAGGGGAGGGCCUGUUCUGCCGCAGCGCUGCGAGGAGCUGGGCAGAACGGGCACCUUUUCCAAACGUAGCCAAAGGGAACCAGGGUUCCCCCCACCCCAACCUGGUAAUGUCUCAGCUGGUUUCCCAAAUAUUGCUGAGCUUGGCAGAGGCCUGCCUGCUUGCUUCACUCACUUUGGGCUGCAAAACAGAUUUUUAAGGUGCUAAAAUCCAGGUCCUUAUAUGUUAAAAUCUGUCCUUCGCUGCCCCAGACCUCUGGCUGUGCCUGGAAGCUAGCCUUCAGGCACACCCCCGUCCCCCCCAGCUUCCACAGCGCUGGUGCCAUCCCCAGGUGAGCAGGGCAGUCAGUCUGUAGUCUGUGGUGGGGGUUAGGGACAAGAAAUCAUCCGUGUGUCCUGGGGAGCGCGUGAGGGGCACAGCUAGCGAUGAGCAACAUAUCAUUAGGGGCCAUGUGCAAUCUGUCUCUUGCCUUCAGCUGUGCUGUUGCCUCCCUGUAGCAGGUGCCCCAGUGGAAAGCAGCAGCCCAACAGGCAAGGAAGGGGAAGCGGCACUGCAAAAAGGGUGUCGUGAGGCUCAACCCAGGUCCCAGCUCAGGAGUGCGACUGUGAGGGCCGCUUUCUGGGAGGAGUGGGAGCCUGAAAGCAAGUAAUGGGCAGCUGACCUCCGCUCUUCCUUCCCUCCAGGCCCACGGGGUAAAAGGCAAAAGCAAAUGGCUGCUUCCUGGGAGCUGCCGCCCGGUGUCCAGCCAGCUGUGGCCACGUAGGGCCUGGGGCUGCUGACUGACGAGCGGGCGGAUGAGUACCCCACGCCCCCCCCAGCCAUGACGAUGCUAUUCCUUGUGCAGGGUUUUGCGUUGGAAACCCAGGCCUGUGGCUCUCUCCUGCGCUGUUACCACCGUCACUUUUAAAUUCCUGUGUAACUCACCGCCAUAUUAUUUACCUGGUGAGCCGUAGCCUCGCUGUGCUCCACGCAGCCGCCUGGCCGCACAGCUUUCCCUGCUUUGGCCUCGAGCUGGGUCCGGGCUGCGGGGCGGCAUUCCCAAGGGCAGGGCUGGAGGCAGCGGCUUUUGAAAUUGUACGGACUGAGGUGCUGACCCUGCUCAGGCAAUGGAAGGAAAAAACUGCCAUCCUUUUUAGUAUCUCCUUGAGGAUGCUGUCCUCACCUUUGCCCCAUGCUGGGCUGCAGUGCUGCCUGCUGGGGAGGGGCACACACUGCUCCCCUUCCCCUUUGGUACCCAGCACUCUUCCUGGGGGGGCCUUACCGCAGGGGGGGCAGGUACCCCUGCUCCGGGGCAGGUGACUGCCAGCCCUGCACGCUGUGCUCUCCGUCAGCCACUGAACUGGCAGCCAGGUGGGGGUCAUGCCUGUUUUGCAGCUGGGCGAAAAUCCUGCUUUCCUGAGCCCUAUUUGCUUGUUAACUGCAUGGGGAGCCACUUUCUUAAUCAUUUGGAGGUGAAGCCUGCUGGCAGCUUCCUUCCUUUCUGCCCCCUUCUUCCCCCCCCCAGUUGUAAGCAAGUCAGAGCCUCUUAUCUGCUUCCUUCAGUGUCUGGGUUGGAGAGGGUAUCCCCUUCCCCCCCCGGCACCCACUUUCUGUUGCCCAAACUACAGUGUCAUGUCCUAAAAAUCAGAAUAACUGGGACUGCUGGACACCCUCUUUGACCCCCCCCAUCCCUCCCCAGUUCUCUCCUGGUGCAGCCCUGGUGCUCACUGGGAGCAGAGAGUGCAUUAGUAAUUGCCUUACAGAGCUCCGCUGGGGCAGCUGCCCAGCCAUGGGACCAGGUGGGCACAGGAGGCAAGUGCUUUCUUAGGAGGAAAGGGUGGGGGGCAAGGGGAGGAUCUUUCAACUGCUAAGGGGAAAAAGUGAGGGUACCUAUUUGUCAAACUGAAGCAAAAUCAGCUGCUUUUAGCCCACAGUGAGCAGUAGCCCCCACGAAAACCAGCUGUGUGAUAUCUUUUAUACAAAUAAUUACAAAGCUGCAAACAGUAAAUAAAGAAUGAAAUUACCGAAGUGCAAUGAGCUCCUCGAGGAAGGUGGGAGCACUCCCGGCCUGACCCAGCCACGGUUCCUCACGCUGGGCCAGGCAACCCCGUCUUUGCUGGCAGAGAGCUGCCAGUGCCCAUUACCAAUAUAGCCCUUCCCCAGGGUUGAGGGUGAAAGGCUGAGCUCACAGCUGCUCCCUUUCACCUUUAUCCACCCACCUUCAUUUGUGAAACUUUGUAGGAAUUAAUUUAAGUACCUUAAAUUUGCCCAACAACAUACUUGAAAUUGGUUGAUGGGCUCAAGAGCCCUCAAGGAGUCCAGACGAUACAGAACCAUGAGCCUCACCUCCUGAGGAAAGCAGCUAACCUGCCAGAGCCCCUCUGCCAGGAGAGCGAGCGAUAACCCGGUGCCCGUGGGCAGGGGGGAAGAUGGUGCCUCAUCCCAGGAAAUAGUAGGAAGUCUUUUCCCCAAGCAGUGCCCAGAGCAGGCUAGCCCAGUUCUCUGCUUUCUUACUAUUAUUUGUUUGAACAAUAGUUCAAUAGUUCUGUCGGAAGAGGUAUUCCCCUGGACGUACAUUUUUGCACCCACUGGGAAAAACGAAGUCUGAUGUUCUGCCUCUACCUUGAAUGUAAUCCUGAAUCUUUCUGCUGUAACCACUACUUGUUUGUAAUGUGUAUUUGACUAGUACGCACUCUCCCUUCCACUAUGCAGCAAACAGUGAGGGGUGAUCAACACCAUCGGAGACAGAUGGUGUUGGGGCAUCGGAUCCAGAGCGAGUAUUCAACUGGAAAAGGAUAAAAGUGACAAGUUAACGGGGGAGAGAAUGGAUCUUUAAAUUGAAUUAUUUUUUCAGUUACAAAUAUUUGAAAAAAAAAAAUCCAUUUUAUUAAAAAAAUUCCAAACAAA